UCAGAUACAACUAUCGGCGUUUAUAGAAUCCCUAGAAAUAAUUGUUAGGUUUGAAAUUUUAGAAUGUAUAGUUCUUGAAAAUUGUUUCAUUAGAUUUUGGCCGGGCUUAAAAUGAGCAAUAGAAAGUCAAAAUUGGUGCAAUCGCUGGAGGAGUCGGUGCCGCCCAUCGAUCACGAGGACGUCGUCCGUUUGAUUGCUGACCAAAUUCGCCAGCCUAUGAGCGACACAAUAGAAAGGAAUUUAAGCAACAAGGAGAAUCUAAGCAUCUUAAAUCUCGAGGAUGCCAUUAAAUUCAGAGAUUCGAUGCGGAGCUUUCACGUCUCGCCCACUGCUGAAUCUAUAGAUGAAGUGAUGCCCGUGAAGGAUGAGGAUCUUGGGGAGAUGCUGGAGUCCCUGACCGAGCUGAUCCUUGGAGAGGAAGAGGAUGAGAAUGAUGGCGAUAAUGAUGAUUAUGAAGGGGAAGAGGAGGAGGGAGACGACGAAAAGAAUGAAUACGAUGAAAAGGACGCGGAUGAUGACGACGAAAAUGCUCCAAAAACCAACUCAAAUUUAGGCUGGCUAUUUUAGAUAACUGGAUACUUAGAUAACUCCAGAUGCAUAGCAUUAAUUAAAUUUCAAGUUAAUUCUUAAUCAGAGUUUGUUACUGGAUAUAUGUACCUGUAUUGUAAACUAAUAGUAAACUCAUAGUCCAUUCUACUUUAGUAGGUGUGUGCAUAUAUUGUACGUAACCUAGAUUAAAUGCAGACUGCAAUAUAA